AUGCAGCACCCGCUGGAGCUGGGGGCCGCGCACUACUUCCCGGCCGAAGCCUUCCCCGACCACCGCUCGCACCGCUACCGCAGCUUCAUGAUCGAGGAGAUCCUCACCGACCCCCCGGACGCCAAGGGGGCCGCUCCGGCCGGGGAGCUGCUCAAGUUCGGGGUGCAGGCGCUGCUCUCCGCCCGGCCCUACCACAACCACCUCGCGGUGCUGAAGGCGGAACCGGCCGCCGUGUUCAAGUUCCCGCUGGCUCCCUUGGGCUGCUCGGGGCUGGGCUCAGCGCUGCUGGCCGCCGGCUCGGGGCUGCAGGGCGGCUCCGCCUCGCCCCAUCUCCCGCUGGAGCUGCACCUCCGCGGCAAGCUGGAGCCGGGCCCCCCGGAGCCGGGCAGCAAGGCCAAGAAGGGGCGUCGCAGCCGAACCGUCUUCACCGAGCUGCAGCUCAUGGGGCUAGAGAAGCGCUUCGAGAAGCAGAAAUACCUCUCCACGCCCGACAGAAUAGACCUGGCCGAAUCGCUGGGGCUCAGCCAGCUCCAGGUGAAAACCUGGUACCAGAACAGGCGCAUGAAAUGGAAGAAAAUAGUCUUGCAGGGGGGCGGCCUGGAGUCCCCCACCAAGCCCAAGGGCCGCCCCAAGAAGAACUCCAUCCCCAGCAGCGAGCAGCUCUCGGAACAGGAGCGAGCCCGGGACGCCGAAAAGCCGCCCGAGAGCCUGGGCUCACCGGCCGAGGUCAGCCAGGAGGAGUGA